CGCGAGCUGAUCGAUUGCAAUCAUUGCACCAAUAUUUUGGGCCAACAAGCCAGUGGGUGCUGACACACUGCUGCUCCGCCUGAAAUAGCGCAAGCAUAGCACAAUCAACAAGCACCAUACAGCCUGAAGCAGUCAAUAGGCUAAUGUAAUUAUCCAACAUGCAACGGUACUGUUGUCGGCCUCCAUGAGAAAUUAUUACAGAAUGCUGCAGUGACUAUGUUAAGCUUUUACAAACAACGACAUCAAAAACAAAACCAAUCAAAAGGCUAUUGGAACAGCAUGAUAGUUACUGUAUUGAACGACGUGCGCCAAUUUGGAUUUGAUGAACAGAAAUUCACAUUAUUAUUUUACCGAUUGAGAAGCAUUACUUUGAAGACAAAUUAUGGCUGGCAAUCGGAAAUGGGAUUUGCCGCCAAAAUAUUCCACGGCAGACAGUGAAGCUGCCCCGUGCUACUGCCCGUUUCAUACGUUGCCCAUCGAGCUCGUAGCGCGCGUCUUUUCUUAUCUGGAUAUAUUUGAAAUUUCCUGGUGUUCCAUGGUCUGCAAGCGAUGGGAAGUCAUCGCGAAUCAUUCCCCUUUGGUUCGAAAGAGUGUCAUUAUCGAUAUUCACCAAUGGUACACAAACCAGCUGGAUGGAUUCCAUUUCGAGGAUGAGGAUAGCUGUUUUGCGGUAAAUCAAGGCGAGUCCCUGCUGAGGCGUUUCAUGACCCGCUCCACUGGCCUCGUAAUUCUUCGCUGGCCUCUGGAUUAUUACGCGCCGGAAGCGGAGCUUGUCAUCCGAGCGCCUGAUGAAUGCCGGUUUGUCUCGAAAAACCACUAUUCUUCCGACUACUCGGGUCCAGUGACGACCAGCAUUGACAACAUCCUCAUCAUUGUGAAGAAUAUUCAGCGACACCUGGGCAAUACAUCCUUAGCGUUAACGUUGCAAAAUGUAAAGCUCUACACAAAUCAUUGGCACGCGAUUCGCGACCGCUUUUCCACGGUGCACUAUGACAAUGUCCAGAUUAACUGCCAUUUCGAACCCAUCGGUCGGGGUCGGCAUUCACGUCCGAAACCGGUUGUUCUACGCAUUGAGCUGGACAGGAAGACUUUCACUCAAGCCGAUAUUCGUCCGGGUUGCAAUGACUAUGAGCGGUUUGGUAGUUUCAUACCGGCUCCGUUGUCAGAUGAGGAAGAACGCUGUAUGGGCAAGGUGCUGCGGUCGCCGAGAAAAAUUGGUCACAAUUAUCCUGACUACUGGAAAAGGUACUUUGGCAGAGAUGUAAAUGCUGACCGGAGUCUGUGCGAAAUGGAAUUGACAGUGGAUGAGAUCCUUACAUACCCUUUGUGGAAACAGUACUUCGCGCGCGACCUGUUGCAGCAGUAUCCAGUUGAUACCUAUGGAAUCUGCGCUGAUAGUCACAGUGGCGUUAGUGCGGUACAGAGAUCUUUGGGACCAUUCGAGUGGCUGGGUUCAUCUAGCUUUCUCGCCAACGCUAUCGCUUACCAUCGUUUUCGCACCACUGUGUCGAAGCCACUAUGGUGAAAGUUUCUUCGACUCAUAUGCGACUUUACAAUGUCGUAGUCAUGCAAUACUUUAUCAAUUUACACUUUCACUGGGAACAGCUACGUUGUUCUUGAUAAAACAAACGCCUUUCUUGAGAGUCACUACUGGAAUGCGUCGUAGAAAAUGGUUUCAUAAGUUAAAGAUUGGGAUUUUAUUUAAUCGAUGUACAGAUAUGUCUCAGGACAAAUUAUGUGUGACAAAUUGAAGACCUGAUUACUUCUA